AUGAAUUACGGAUCAGAUCACUACCUUUCUUCAUCAUAUAGAAAAUUAUUCGGGGAUGUGCCCCGUUUUUCAGGCUCUACCUCAAGAAGUUCCAUGUCCUCCAGCGGCUUUAGAUCGCAGGCUGGCUCUCGUGCGUCCUCACUGGGAUACAGAAGGUCGGGGCGCUCGUCUUCUUUCUCUCCGGUGCCCAGCGACAGCCUAGAUCUAACUCAGACCUCAGUGAUCACCAAUGAGUUUAAGGUCAUACGAACAAAUGAGAAAGAACAACUGCAGGGUCUUAACGACCGAUUCGCAAUGUUCAUUGAUAAAGUGCGCACCCUGGAGCAGCAGAACAAGGUGUUGGAGACGGAGUUGGUCACCCUGCGCCAGAGGCACAGCGAACCAUCGCGCCUGACUGAUCUGUAUCAGCAAGAGAUGCGGGAACUGCGCAGCCAGAUAGAUGAGCUCAACGCCGAAAAGUCUCAGAUUCUGAUAGAUAGGGACAAUAUAGAAGAUGACUUGCAAAAGCUGCGAGCCAAAUAUGAAGAUGAGAUAAGGGCGAGAGAAGAGGCGGAACAGGCGCUCAGGUCGUACAAGAAAGACGUAGACGAUGCAACUCUGGUUCGCUUGGACCUGGAGAGGAAGGUCGAGUCUCUAUUGGAUGAGAUCAAUUUCCUGAGAAAGGUACACGACGAGGAGGUGACGGAACUAACGGGUAUGAUGCACGCUGCCCAGGUGUCUGUCGAGGUCGAAGUAUCUAAACCCGAUCUCACCGCUGCCCUGAAGGAAAUACGAGGUCAGUAUGAGUCGCUGGCUUCAAAGAAUCAACAGUCUGCUGAAGAAUGGUACAAGACAAAGUUUGCUAAUCUAAAUGAGCAAGCUGCAAGAACCAACGAUGCUAUACGAGCCAGCAGAGAGGAGAUAGGUGAUUACAGAAGACAAUUGCAGUCCAAGACUAUUGACAUUGAAACUCUGAGAGGAACCAACGAAUCACUGGAACGCCAGAUUCGCGAGAUGGACGACGCACACAAUAUGGACAUAGCAGGUUAUCAGGAAUCGAUUGGGCAUCUUGAAAAUGAACUUAGAAGUACCAAGAGCGAGAUGGCGCGUCACCUUAGGGAAUAUCAAGACCUGCUGAAUGUUAAGAUGGCCCUGGACAUUGAAAUCACAGCAUACAGGAAACUUCUGGAAAGUGAAGAGACACACUUUGGCACAGGCAUGACGUACCCCAUUCCUAACCAUGUGCCUGGCAUGAACUAUGGCUACCACACCCGCACCUACGCCGGCUCCACCCGAAACCCGAAGAGAGAAAAGGAAGAGGAGUGUCAGGGCAAGUCCAAAAUGGCUGCACAGCGGGAGAUGUUUGAGGAGAUCAUCGAGGAGACCAUUGUGACCAAGAAGGUAGAAAAUAGUGACCUGGUUGAUUCAAAUUCUAACUAGACCAGCAGUGUCCUUAUUCAGUGCAGUGAAACUGUUUUCUAUGUAUACCUUUCCCAUAUCUGUCCAUAAUUUCGUAGCCUAUAAAGUAAUCCACCCAUGUCAUCACAGUGACACUGUAUACUGCUUUGAAUGAAAACAUGUUAUGUAUAAUACAAUACACUGUCAGUAUAGCUGUUGUCAAUUAUGUUUACAAUGAGUGAUUGUAUCACUUUGAAUGACAUUUCAGUGCUAAGGAAAGAGAACUUGUUUAACAGUGUGUUUGUAAUUCUGUGUGAGUAUCAGUCUUAGAUCUAUACAAUCAAUCUGUUAUCUAAUCCAAAACCAAAACUUGUUUUUCAGUGUUGCCUCAUAGGAUUCACCAUGUAAACAUGACAUGUAUAAGGCUAUUUUCAGACUGAUUAAAUCAGGAGAUUGAAGCCUAGGUUGUUCAGAUCAGUCCAACAUAAAAUUCAUAAUUUUCACUG